GUAGAAUUUUCUCGCCGCCAUUAAACCUCUGCUUUUGUUUCUUUCUCUCUUCUUCUAUACGAGAACCCAUUUUGGAGAAGUCAAGUUUCCUCAAUACUCCGUCAAGCCGAUUUUAUUGAUCUCGAUCAGUUUCGUCAAUUUUUCCGGUUUAAGAAACCCUAGAAAAGCUGAUGAUUCGAUAAUGAAGUUUGAUUUCACUGUGAUAAAUCGAUCUGUUUUGUAAGAGCUGAAUAGAAAAUGUCGAGGCCGAUCAUGCUAGUCUUUCUUCUGGUUAUACUUAUAGUCACUUCUCAGUUUGAAUGGAGGCAACCACUUCUUGAGCUUGAUGCAGCUCCUAGCUUGUCUCAGAAACAUCAGCAAAUUGCAAAGAGGGAAGAAGCUGUCAAGGAGAAGAUGAGGUUAGUGGAGAAACAUAGACUUAUUGGUCUUGCAACCUUAAAGUUCCAUUGGAUGUAUGACGAACCUCAUAACUUCAGCAUAAUUUUGAACCUGAAAAUAGAAGAAGACCUGUCAAUUCUUAGUUUGUUAAUCGUUACAGAUCAUCUUGUCACAAGAGAGACAUAUCCAGAGGCUAAACGACCUUGUACGAAGUCUUCAAAUGCAGUUACAGCGAUGCAAAGGAGAGAACGAGACACGAAACGCCACUGAAACCUCCCAUAAUAACAAACAGUUCAUUGAGCUCGAGAGGAAACACAUCGUGGAAGACUAGUAUUUCCUCCGGUUACAUCAAUUCUAAUAAAUAACCCAAAUGGUACGUAAAAACUGUUGUAAUUUACUUUUGUUGUGUUAAAAACCUUGCUGAUGUUUUGAUUAGAAGGAUGAUUUACUUUAUUCACGUGUAAGAUUGAGAUAUUUAAGUACUUGUAAUAAAAGUUGAGAAUUAGGGUACUUGUAAUAUCUUUAGUUAUGGUUGAUUGAUUCUAUC